UGUGGUAACCCAAUCCCUAGCACCCCACUUCGUACCGCAACCGUCUUCUCCGUCCAGAAAUCAUGUCGGACAUACCGUCGGAAAUCGUUGCCGACUUCUUAUCCCGAGUUCCCGCGCUCUCCCUGCUACGAUUCAGAAGCGUUUCAAAAUCAUGGCGUUCGAUGAUCGAUAGCCCCCACUUCAUCAAAAUGCAUCUGAAUCGGACCCUCCAAACGAACUCUGAUCGGAAGCUUAUUCUUCGAUCAUGUUAUCUCUACUCUGCCGACUUCGAUCUGCUCGAGAAGACUAACCAUGCCGAUUACACGGAGCUUGACUACCCCUUGAAGCGGGACGAUAUCGGAAUUAAUGUCGUCGGCUCAUGCCACGGAAUACUGUGUCUUGACGGCGGCGUUUAAGACAAAGAUAUUGUGCUUUGGAACCCUACAACUCGGAAACAAUAUGCUUUACCCUUCUCAGAAUUUGAAUUUCCAGGUGAUGAUUUCUUCAGUACCAGUCGAUUGGUUUACGGAUUUGGAUAUGAUAAAGUGAGUGAUGAUUAUAAGGUAUUGAGAAUCAUACAGUCUUAUGACUGCGAGAGCGAAGUGAAAGUGUUUAGUAUGAAAUCGAAAUCGUGGAGGAAAAUCGAUUGCUUCCCCUAUUAUCUGAAGUUUAAGAGAGUUAAUGGAGUACUCGCUUCGGGUUAUUUGCAUUGGGUUGUAUGCAGCGAUGCAGAUGCCGAUACUGAAUAUUUUAUUGCUGCUUUUGAUCUCGAGACCGAGGAGUAUAGGUUGGUUCCCCAACCGGACUAUCCUAGAAGAAAAAGAAAGUUUCAUAUGAAUGUGCUGGCUUUAGGGGGAUACCUUUGCAUGAUGUGCAAUUAUCACAAAUCCAAAUGUGUUGACAUAUGGGUGAUGAAGAACUAUCCGGCGAAGGAAUCUUGGACCAAGUUUUUAACCAUCCGAGAAUCGGACACUAAUGCAAAGUCAUUUGAUUAUGUAACACCGGUAGCAUAUUCCAGGAGUGGGAGGGAAGUGUUCAUGGUACUUGAUGAUAUGCUACCUCUGUGGUAUGAUUUAGAGAAGAGACAAAUUAGUUACACAACCUUUUCCAUAUCUGAGAGUUUGAAUUUUAUGGAGCAUCACGUGUGUUUCGGGAGCCUGGUUAAGCUCGAUAGCGGCAUUGCUGGCAGUGCUGAGAGGGUGCCAGAUAGAAGGGAAGUGGUAGCUAGUCGCCGUGGUGCUAAGAAAAAGGGCAAUAAGAAAAGUGAUAACUUCCUGUCUGAGGGCUUCAAGUUGGUGCUUUAAUCGACCCAAGCUGCUUGCAAACGGAUGGUACUUAGGCUGCCGAGAGCUUUGAAUCGAUUAACUGUGUAAUGGCAAUGACUUUUUUAGCCGAAUGGGACACGAACACUACGCUUAGCAGUAGUUAUUAAUUGGAAAAACAUCAAAUGCUUGAUUUCCGAACCCAUGGGAUGCGACAUCAUAUGACUUCAAUCUUUAGAUGGGAAACCGCGACGGAACACGACUCGUUAUGAUCAGAAUGUUGAGUACUAUAUAUGCUAUAUUGUCUCAUGAAGUAGAGAUUUAUGUAUCUCUACUUACAUAGGUUUGCAUUCCUUGGUAUUGCUUUCUGGUUAGUUACCCUAUAGAUAUAUGCAUAUAUGCCAUUUACUGAAUGAAUGCAAACGUUUCCC